AAAAACCGAGUAUGCUGGCACUUCAUGGCUCUUCCCAAGUGGCCAGAUGGCUGUUGCAUGGUGGAGCUACCAUUCCUAGAUUCACUUGGCCGAGAUGCUGCAAUGGGAAGAGCGCAGUCUCUUGUACAGUAGUAAUGGUGUAGAAGUCGUGCGAUCUGCCUCCGUGGAGCGGCGGCAAUCCACGAACUGGUGGUGGGUGAUGCCAAAGUAUGGGUUCCCAGUCUUGGUGCUGUUGAACAUGGUGAUGCUGGCAGUGUUGGGAGUCCAGCUGCAUCGCUCGAACUCAAUUCAAGCCCGCUUCGCCGACAGCAUGGACACGCCUGCCGCGACUGUCAUGUACCACACCCGUGGCGGCGGUGUCGUCGCUGCUUUGUUGCCAAUCAAGUUCGCCGUGGACCAUGUCACCCCGUACAAGAAUCAGGCUGGUCGAGGGACCUGCUGGGACUUUGGCACGAUCGGAGCAUUGGAGCAGUCGUACCGCAAGCACGGUGUCGCAGAGGGCUGGCUAGACUCGAACGAGUAUGUGUCCUUCUCGGAGCAGGCUUACGGCAUUGAAGUGAUGGAGAUGUGCACGGGGCCCAUCGACUCGCCGCAGCAGCAUGCAUGCCGCAUCGCCGACGACAACGUUUGGCGCAACUCAACCGAGGGUGGGGAGGUGCCGCUGUUAUACUACCUUCACAAGGGUCUCAAGGAUUCAGUAUUUCCGGUCCACGUCUGUCCGUACACGUCCUCGCAGGGCCACGAUUGGGACUGCCCCGAGCUCGCCAUCGCAUCCGUCCGGAAGUCUAACCCGCUGUCGUUCACAGUAAACGACAUGGGCACGUUCUACGACCAAGCCAGCAUCAAGCGCAAGUUGGUGCAAAGUGGGCUGGCCAUGCCGAUAUCGACCACGCUUGUGUCCAUCCAGCACAUGUAUCCGUGUGUGGGCAAGUUGCUCGCGAACGACCCUCGCUGCGACGCCGCGACGUGUCAACUCUGUCCGCCUGAACUGCCCAUGGCUACGUGCUGCGUCCCCGCAGACAGCACGGACGGCCAGAACAUGGACGGGGAGUUCCUCGCGCAUUCUGGCAUGCAAGUCGACGGCGGGCACGUUAUGCUCGUGGUGGCGUACAACGACCUGUUUCGCACGCGCGAAGGCGCGACGGGGGGGUUUGUGGUCAAGAAUUCGUGGCAAGACGGGUGGCAAGGCAGCCACUCGAUGGCGUAUUGGAUGCAAGACAUUUCUGAAUGGGACGAUCGCGUCGUGUGCCCCAACAGUUUCAAUCCCUUCAACUGGUACGUCCCCACGCAAGACGAUGGUGUCGUGGACAUCGCCGCGUGCUUGUCGGACGACUCGGUACAGUAUGCCGCCCUCAACCGCCAGCCGUUGCACUUGACCUGCGUCGACGACGCGUACUGCGUGCCUGGACGCGUCUACUUUGCAAAGAACCGGACCUCAUAUGGCGAUCGCAUGCAUGUCAUGUGCUUUUGGGAGUACGACCCGACAGACAAAUCCUCGAAGCAUGUGUGUUUGCCGCCCAUGCUUCAGGAAACCAUCGCCCGCACGUUCGAGUAUGUCCUAACUGGACAUGGGAUUGGACUCCUCGAUACUACUAGCUAAUACACACACUACUACUCCUAGGCCGGACGAGGUUUACGAGAAUGACUCGGACCUGUGUGGGUUUUAUUUUUUGCCGUACGAUACCAUCAGUCAAGUGUCGGCGCUGUUUCAAGGGUUCUUCGUCAACAGCUUUGACGUCGAGUGGGCUCCGCAGUCGUACCUCGCAAACCGCGAAAAGUUCCCGCACCUCGACUACUCGCUCGUCCAAGCCUCCACGUUUACACAGCACUCACCCGACCGCUUUGAUGGUCCUUUUCCAUUUGCGCACAAGUACAAGCCUCUGAACACGCAGCACCGCCGCCGCCAUCGUCGACCUUAACAUUUACUAAUGUACUUCGAAGUAGUACUGUUAGUACUAGUCAUAAUAUGUAGCUAAAAUUGAUGUACUUUGACAUA